AUGUCUGUCGAGCUCGAGCCGCCGGAGCUUGGCUUUAAGCGACCGUUCCAGCAGGAAGUCUCCCAAAUCCUGAGACUGAGAAACCCGCACUCUGAUCCCGUGGCCUUUAAGGUCAAAACCACCGCGCCGAAGCAAUACUGCGUGAGACCUAAUUCCGGCCGCAUUGAGCCUGGUCAAGAUGUUGAAGUCAAAAUUCUGCUGCAGGCGAUGAAGGAGGAUCCACCGCCGGAUGCGAAGUGUCGCGACAAGUUCCUCGUGCAAUCUGUUCUCAUCACGGCUGAUAAGGAGUUCACCAAUGUUGCGUCCCUCUGGUCACACAUAGAACAAACCAACAAACAGUCUAUCCAGGAGAAGAAGAUCAGGGUCAACUUCCUGCCCGCCGACGCGUCCACAGCAACGCCCAUCAAGCACCAUGGCGUGUCCCAAGACGAACGUUCGCUUAUGUCGUCAGCUUCCCCGGAAGCGUACACGCCUCAGCCUGGAACUAGUGCAACUCCAGCUUCGCGCGUCGAGUCAACACCCUCUGAAGAUAAGCUCUCGAGAGGGGCGCUGGACUCUAGGGCUGGUCAAUCCGCAGCUGGAAGUCUUAAGUCGACAAUCACCUCUGCAGCUGCGGGGGUAGCAAACGCUAUCCCCACGUCUACCGCUGAACUCCAGGCGCAGCUCGCGGAAUCCAAAGCCACCAUCGACAGACUCCGCCAACAGAUCGAGCAGUCGACAGGACUCCGCCAACGCAAGACGGAAGCCACUGAACCUACGCGCGAGGCCAAUGAACAGCUACUGACUGCAGAGCGCGUGCAGCCCCCCGCGGGAGGAGUUCCGGUUCAGAUUGUGGCGGUAUUGUGUCUGCUGAGUUUCCUUCUGGCUUACUUCCUUUUCUGA